AUGGACAGGCUCUUCCAUAACAUCCCUUGUCUUAAGAAAAUAUAUGGCAUCCUGCCUGGCUCUGGUAAAUGGAGGGCUCACCUACCAGUAUCUUGGAGGGACACGACUCUCAGAUGGCAUCAGGUGGAUCACCUAUUCCGCGUGCUGAAGAGGCCUUUCUACGCUUCAUCACUUCAGCGCGAAGGUCAGAACUUCAUCUUAUACUACCCCAUUAUCUCCAUGGAGCCAGCCUGGCGAGUCCAAACUAAACAUGAGCUCUCUUGGCGUCCAGCGCCACGCAACCGGUCGGGUCAUCUCCGCUUCAAAAGAGGCCCAGAAGCUGAUCAGACUGAUGUCAACACCGAUGAAUUACUCCGGGUGUUCGAAGAAGAUAGCGAUGUAACUGGCUCCGCGUUCUUUGAUGAGGAUGAUCUGGGCGGAACUGGUUCACUGUCGGGGUCUCUGGUAUGUGGCUAUCUGGUAAGAUCCGGUGAUGCGGAGGAUUCCAGCUUCACAAUGGUAUGA